CAGUGGGAGCCAACACCGUACAGAAAAGGCCUUCCACCUUUGUACCAAAGUACAAAGGGGAGGGCCGGCAUAACUCAUGUCCACGGCAGCCAGCAAGGACGUCAAAAGAUGGUGUGGCAACAGACACUUGAGCUUGAUUAGACCACCAGUGCAGCGCGCAUUGUUGUGGUCGCUGCCAAGCUUCUGCUUCUUCUCCCUAGCAAGAGCCGAAGCGGUUGCAGAAAUGUGUCAUAACAUCGCAGAUGAUUUGGGUGCUAGCUCUUGCACAGAAGUUCUCAAUGAGAAUGGCAAAGGCUUCCGAUUGGUUGGAACUCUGGAACAGCCUUUAAGGUUCAACGACAUGGGCUUUGAUGACAACAUGGUGGGUCUUUCUGCCGGCUCGCAGAACGUUUGUAUGCUGGCGGCCUUCGGAAAUGGUGGGGUGGUGCCUCAAAAUUGUGUGCCGAUUAUUGGCACCCAGGCUGACGAGUUCAAUGGCAGCCCUGAGCAACACUAUUUUGGCAUGGAAGGCUUCGAUUGUGGCUACAACUUCAUGCCCUUUGCCGAAGGCUCCACCAUCAGUUGGAGUUUUCCGCUGGGGAACAGCUGUAUCUCAGAUGCCGACCUUGACUUGGGCCUCACAUCACUGUACUGUCACUUCCAGAUGAGCUGUGAACUUGGUAGUACUACGACAACGACUGGGCCAGAGACAACCAUUUCAAGCACUUCCACUUUCGUCACCUCCACCAUCUCGACCUUAACUCUCACAACUAGAACAGCUACAAACACCUACACCAGUGCCACAACUUCAAUGACAGAAGUGACUAGCACCUCUACGAGUACACUUGUGACGACCGCUGCAUCAACAAGGAUAAGUACUGCUGCGCAGACAAGUGUCCAGUUAGUAACAACCCAAGCAACAGAGGAAUCUACCACACAGUCAACUACUGUCUUAUCCACCGCAGCAACGACAGCAACAAGCGCAACAAGUGCAACAAGCGCAACAACAGCAACAACAGCAACAACAGAAACAGUGGCAACAACCGCAGCCCCUUCUGAAUCUUCCACAGUACACACAACAGAGGGACCGGUCGAAACCACUGGAACCACCACUACAUCGACCCCAGCUGUGACCAUUGCAACGACGGAAACCACCACGAGAAGGGGCUCCACAGAAGUGGCAACUUCGGCUCCGUCGACGACUUCAACCAUCUCAACACAGGCCGUUGGUGCUACCACCAGCGAAAUCGCAGGAAAUUCCAGCUGCGAUGACCUUCCCAGGAUCCCCAACAGCCAGAGCCUCGCGCACUGCCUGGGUGUGGCCAGUGGCCUUUUUUGCCCUGUGAGCUGUCUGGAGGGCUAUGCCGCGGCAGAGGACAUCCUGUUUUGCUACGAUGGAAUUUGGCAAGCUCGAGGCGAAUGCAUCCUCGAGGGAUCUUCGGUGACAACCGAAAGUGCUGCACAGGUUAUUUUACGUAUGAACUUGACCAUCGAGGAAUCAGGUGAGAGCAGCAGUCUGGAAUGGGCGGAGCAAAACAAAGAGGCUCUCCAUGUGGCAUUUGCCAAUUCUUUGGGUGCCCAUCCUUCGGAAAUUCGUGUUGAUGUGCUUCCACCUGGGGCUGCUGGACGCCGAUUGCUAGCACAACUGGCCUUUGAUGUUCGCAUCACAUGGUUGCUGGGAGAUGCUAACACUACAAACAGAUCUUCAGAUGUUGCAGUGCAGGAGCUGGCUUUGCUGGCGGACGCCGAGGGCAUGUCACGCUUUGGGGAAGCCUUGCAAAGUGAGCUGAACGGCACCGACAGCCACCUCGCCGGCGUCGCCAUGGAAGCCCUGAGCACCGAAGUGAUUGACAGCUACUCGGUGCCAGAGGCAUCUUGGAUUCUUGGCCCCUGGGACACCACAGCCUGCGACGCUGGGUGCGAAGGGGCAAUGGAGGUGGUACAGCUCAGCUGCAGCCGUGGCUCCUGGCUGCUGUGCUCAGGCAUCGACAAGCCCAGCACAGAAAGGCCGUGCAGGCAAUGUGGAGAGAAAGCCCUGGCCAUGCCUUCAUGGAUUUUGCCAACGGCUUUGUGUGUUGGCUUUUGUUGCUGCGGGCUACUGGGUGCUUGCCUCGCCCGUCACUUCAUGCCAAAUUUACUCUCGCGAGUCAUGCAACCGCGACAGUCGGAGUCCGAGAAUCUCCGAAAUGCCAAUCCAAAGGCCAACGUGCUGUCCGUGGACGGCGUCAACUCAGACCCGGAUGACAUGGCCGUCAUAAAGCAUCUCAGCACCAUUCGGCCUACUCUGACGCGGGGAAGUUCGCGUUGCAGGGAGGCGGGUGUGACAAUUGAAGAAGAAGAUGAAGUGCAACCUGCGAAGACCAGAGUGAUCUGGGACCUGGACUUGAAGAAGAUCUCCAGCGGCAUCACUGGCAUGUUCUCCUCCAAGAAGUACUCCUCGCAUGUGACACCUGAGAGUCGGAAAGCCUCCAAAGCUCCUUGUUCGCCCCCUGGAGCUCCAUGCUGUGUCUCCGUGGACGCGGAAAUCGAUGAGGCGGACCUGGAGAACCCCGUGGCCAUGGAACCCAGCUGGGUCUCAGCGGCGGGGGAGGUGAGGAUGCCAAUUCCAGUGCUCUCGCGUUCAGAGCGAUCGCUACGCUCACAACACUCCAAAGGGACCUUGUUGAACGCGCCCUGUGGGACUCCGGUGAACAAAUCAGAGACUGAGCGCACCCUGAAACGCACCAUCUUAUGAUGGAGACGCUAGCCUUUGCUGUGGAUGAUGAUAUUUUAUUGACCGUGGGCAACAACUCACAGCUUUCUCCACAAGACACCUGAGAAAGACGAUUGGCUCGCAUAGAAUUCAGGUUAAAGCUGCACCUGUGGGUCAGAUGCACGGAAGUGGAGAUGUUCUGCCGUAGGACUGC